CGUCCCAGCUCCUUCGCCAGCACAACAACCCACUCCUACGUCUCCUACGCCCUCUCCGACUUCAAAUCCCUCUCAAAACAAGGAAGUCUCGACGUAACCGCGCAAAUCAUCUCCAUGUCCCUCAAACUCCCGGUAGCAAAACUCUCCGACGUGCUCGGUCGGGCCGAAGCCUACUGCAUCCUCACAGUCUUCGACAUGCUCUCCGAAAUCUUCCGGGCCGCGGCACCAUCCUUCACAGUUUUCGGGAUCGGAUGGAUGUUUUACGUCGCUGGCCACGGAGGUUUCAGCGUGCUGAAUAUGAUUCUGAUUUCUGAUGUGACGAGUAUGAGGAUUCGGGCGUUGGCGGGGAGUGCUUUGUACAGUCCGUUUUUGGUGACGCCGUGGAUUUCGGGGCAGUUGGUGGAGAAGGUGGUGGAUAAGGAAGGGGGUGGGAUGGGAUGGAGGUGGGGGUAUGGGAUGUUUACGAUGAUAAUACCGCUGGGGGCGGCGCCGUUGAUUGGGGUUUUGUUUUAUUUGCAGAGGAAAGCUGUGAGGAAAGGGUUGGCUGUGACGAAGAGGAUGACGUUUAAGGAUUUUGCGCAGCAGACGGAUUUGGUGGGCUUGAUUUUGCUUUGUGGGGGGUUUGCGAUGGUGUUGUUGCCGAUUGCGAGGUUGAAUUCGACGGAUGGUGGUGGGAGUUGGAGGGGGCCGUGGGUGAUUGCUUUGAUUGCUACGGGGACUUGCAUGAUUAUUUGGUUUGUCGGGCAUGAGCGGUAUCAUGCGAAGUAUCCGGUUGUGCCGUUGAGGUACUUCAAGCAGACGGCCAUUGUCUUCACUUGGCUUCUGAGCAUGUUCGACAGCGUGGCGUUUGGGGCGACGCAUACUUACCUCUUUCCAUGGUCGGUGGCGGCGCACAACUACUCGGCGAAGAAGGCACUAUACCUGAGCUACACCAACGGCGUGACGACUUGCCUGCUCGGAAUGCUGGCUGGUGUGGUCAUGUACAAAAUGCGAUCCUACAAGCGGAUGGCCAUCAUCGCUUCCUUUGUUCGGCUGAUAGGGUACGCUCUGAUGACCAGACUCCGGACCAAGGAUAGCAGCGACUUCGAGCUCUUUCUGGUGCAGAUGAUCCAGGGUAUUGGGACCGGUAUCAUCGAAUCAACGAGCUUCGUGGCCGCGCAGAUUGUAGUGCCGCAUUCAGAGCUCGCCCAAGUCACAGCUUUGAGUUCGUUGGGCUCGCAUUUGGGAGAUGCUAUAGGUGCUGCCAUUGCAGGCGGUAUAUACACAAGCAGGAUGAAAGGUCGACUGCGCGCUCAUCUUGGUCCUGGAGCGAGCGCAGACGAGAUUGACGGUAUUUAUGAUUCGAUACUGGGCCGGGAACUUCCAGACUGGGGCACGCCGAAGAGAAUAGCUGUAGCUGAUGCGUAUUCCGAGAUUAUGGGAUACGUGACGAUCGUCGGCCUCGUAGUUUCCGUCCCGAUCAUUGCGUUCGCAUUUCUCAUACCUGACAACCGGCUUGGGUCAGUAUUUAAACCUCCUACUCUGAAGUACUCACUAACAAAACCCCCCAGUGACGGAAAAAACCUCACCGCAGAAUCCAAAUCCGAAGGCCUAGACAGCGUGCCCCUACGUCCGGCCAAAGUCACUCAAUGA